GUCGCCAACCCCAUCUACCGGAGUGAGUGCGGCCUCCGAGGGGCGCCGGACGCCGGAGCCAUGACCCUUCGCCGACUCAGGAAGCUGCAGCAGAAGGAGGAGGCGACGGCCGCGCCGGACCUCGCUGGCCGGGCUCCCGACUCCGAAGCCGCUCGCGCUGCGCCGACCCCCUCCGGCCCCCCGGCUGCCGCCGCUCCGCCAGGAGCCCCCGGGGACGAGCUGUACGCAGCAUUGGAGGACUAUCACCCUGCGGAGCUGUACCGCGCGCUCGCCGUGUCCGGGGGCACCCUGCCCCGCCGAAAGGGCUCAGGAUUCCGUUGGAAGAAUUUUACUCAGAGUCCUGAACAACAACGGAAGGUUCUGACUUUGGAGAAGGGAGACAACCAGACCUUUGGCUUCGAGAUCCAGACUUAUGGCCUUCACCACCGAGAAGAGCAGCGUGUGGAGAUGGUGACCUUUGUCUGCCGAGUUCACGAGUCCAGCCCUGCCCAGCUGGCUGGGCUCACGCCUGGGGACACCAUCGCCAGUGUCAAUGGUCUCAACGUGGAAGGCAUCCGGCACCGGGAGAUUGUGGAUAUCAUCAAAGCAUCUGGCAACGUUCUCAGACUGGAAACCCUGUAUGGGACGUCCAUUCGGAAGGCAGAACUGGAGGCACGACUGCAGUACCUUAAGCAAACCCUGUAUGAGAAGUGGGGCGAAUACAGGUCGCUUAUGGUACAGGAGCAGCGGCUAGUGCACGGCCUGGUGGUGAAGGACCCAAGCAUCUAUGACACACUGGAGUCCGUGCGCUCCUGCCUCUACGGCGCAGGCCUGCUUCCCGGCUCGCUGCCCUUUGGGCCUCUGCUCGCAGCGCCUGGGGGUGCCCGCGGGGGCUCACGGCGGGCCAAAGGGGACACGGACGACGCCGUGUAUCACACGUGCUUCUUUGGGGGCGCCGAGCCGCAGGCGCUGCCGCCCCCACCGCCCCCCGCGCGCGCGCCAGGCCCGGGCUCCGCCGAGACUCCGGCGUCCGUGCUGUGUCCCGCACCCCGUGCCACGCUCAGCCGCAGCGCCAGUGUGCGGUGCGCGGGCCCAGGCGGGGGCGGCGGCGGGGGCGCGCCAGGAGCCCUCUGGACUGAGGCCCGUGAGCAGGCCCUGUGCGGCGCCGGUCUACGUAAGACCAAGUACCGCAGCUUCCGCAGGCGGCUGCUCAAAUUCAUCCCCGGACUCAACCGCUCCCUGGAGGAAGAGGAGAGCCAGCUGUAGGGGUGCGGGUGGGCAGGUGGGAAGUAUUUAUUUAUUUAUUCAUCGUAACAGCCAGUGCAAAAAGUAGGGGCAGUAGGGGCGGUCCAAGGACUCCAGGAGCCCAAAGCAGCAGGAGAGGGUCCUUGCUAGCUCUGGUCCUUCUGGUCUGGUUCACUGCUUGUCUGCUGGGGGGAAAAAGGGCGCUGAGCUGCUUUCUGCCCUCCUCUAAACGACAGCAGGAA